AUGUAAAAAGUAAAUAUUGAAUUAAGAUCAAGCCCUAGAAAAUUUACUAAGCAAAUUAGCAGCAAGAGUGAAUCAGCAUCAAGAUUAUCAGAAAUAUCAGAUGAUGCUUGCAGAUAAAUUAUUGAUUUUGACAGAGGAAAAUAAACCUCCCGCAGUAUAUCUAUUUAGCCUAGAAUGAUUAUUUAAGAAUAGGCUAAUAACUUUUCUAAGAUAUCUGAAGAUAAUAAUACUAUUAAUAACACCUUUUAAACAAUAAAAUUCAAAAGCAAAUUGAUUCAGUCAAAUUUUGUGAAAGUAAUUAAGGCUGAGAAAAUUAAAUAAUAAUUUAUAAAUAAUUUGUUUACGAACUCUUACAUAUUAAAGUAAAAUAAAAAACAACUAAUUCAUGAUAAAUAUAUUGAAGAAAGUAACAAACAACCUAUAUUAGGUAUUUAAAAUUAAAUAAACCUUUAGAUACAUAUACUUAAUCACGAAUACCAGUAAUUUAACCAACAUGUGGAUUUAUAUUAAUUUGGAAUGCUAUUGGAAUCAUCUUUAAUUUUAUAAUAUUAUGGCUGACCCCAUUUUUAUUGUCUUUUUAAUAGAACUAAAAUGAAGUUUAGCUUUCUUCCAUAAAGCUUUCAAUUAUUAUAUUUUUAAUUAGUGACAUAUUGAUCUCCUUAAAUAAAGGAAUUAUUAUAUAAGGGAUAUUGAUAUCAAAAAGAAAAAUAUUGAUUGAAAAGUAUAUUCAAACAAAUUUUUCAAAUGAUAUUCUUAACUUAAUAUUAUGGACACUAAUUUAGUAGAACUUAAUGACAUAUUAAGUUUUUGGAGAAUUUUUAACUUUUGCUUAACUAAUUAUUACUUAUAAAAAAAUCAAUAGAUAUUUUUCAGAUUAUUUUGAAUUCGUAUUUUUCAAAGGAAUUUCAAAUACUCUAAUGGACUUACUAAACUUAAUACUUUCUAUUUAUUUAUUAGCACAUAUUGUUGCAUGCUUUUGGCAUUAUGUAGGAAUUAAAUCUAUGGAAACAUCAUGGCUUAUAAAAUAUGAAUUAUUGAAUGAGCCUAUCUGGAGAUAAUAUAAUUAUGCAUUUUAUUGGGCAACCAUGACAAUGACAACAAUAGGAUAUGGUGAUAUUACAGCAUAAAGUUAAUUGGAACUAAUUUUUGUUGAUAUUAUUAUGUUUUUAUCUAGUGGUGUUUUUGCUUACUCAAUGAAUUAAAUAGGAAUUAUCUUAAAAAAUCUUUAAGACUCAAAAUUAAAAUAUAAAAGAUCUAUUUUAAAAAUGAAUACAUUUAUGAAUAAAAAUUAGGUAGAACCUAAAAUAUAAAGCAGAAUAAGAAAUUACUUAAAGUACUAUAUAAAUUAAGAGCAAAAUGAAAAUUAAGAUGAUGUUGACAAUCUAAUAUCAAUACUACCAUAAAAUCUACAAUAAGAUUUAAAAGAUGAUAUUUAAAUAAGAGUUAUUAAUUAAGUAAAAUCAGUAAUCAGUCAAUUCUCACAAAGAACCUAAUAAUUAUUGUCAAAGAGUUUAUAAUUAGUUAAAUAUUCUCCUGGAGAUUUCAUAUACAAAAGAGGAGAUAUUAUGGAGAAAAAUCUCUACUUUAUUAAAGAAGGUGAAAUUGAAAUUUUGGAGGAAAAUAGUAAAAUGAAAUUUAACAAAUUAAAAUAGAAUAAGACUUUUGGUUUUUAUUAAUUUUUUACAGAUUUUCCUCCCAAGACUUCAGCAAUAAGUAUUGGAUUUUCGAAAAUUUAUACAAUAAGCAGAAAAUGUUUUCUAGAAAUAUUACAAUUUAAUAGAAAAGACUUUGAAACUUUUCAUCACAUUAAAGACUAAAUCAUUUUCUAUUAAAAUUAUAGAAUCUUUGAUUUAUGCUGUUAAUUUUGUGAUCGAUACAAUCAUUAAGAGAUCGAUUGUCCAGUUCUCAAUUAUUAUCCUGAUUUAGAAUAAAGAUUAUUAAAAAAAACUUAAUAAUCAGUAGUUUUUUGUAGAUCACCAAAAACUAGGUUGGGAAAUAAAAUUAAAAGCAUAAAACAGUAACGAUAACUUUCUCAAUCUGUUACUAAAUUUUUAGAAGAUAAUUUUGGGUUCUAAUUAUCAAAUUCCUUAUAAUUAGCUUUAGCAGAUCAUAGCUCUUAAAGUAAUCAUUCUUCCCAGCUUAACAAUGAUAUUAAGAAGACAUAAAAAAUUGUAUUAAAUGAUGGAGAUCCUGAGAAAUUUCAUUUACCAAUGGCUAAAAGCUUUGUAAGUAGAGCAAUCUUUAGAAAAGAGUAAUCUUUGAAUUAAGAAUAAGAUGUAUUAAAUUCAGGUAAAUCUUAAAAGCCAUAAAAAAAUGUUGUCAAAGAAUUUAAUAUGCUUGAUGUUUUGUUUAACAGUACAAAAUUUCUUCAUCCAUCAAUUCAAUGUGAUCAAUGUGAGUCAUUUUAGAAUUAUUUUCCUUCAGGGAAUGUCUAAUUUGUAAUUUUAAAAUUAGAUAAAGCUAAUUCAAAAUAUUAAAGAAAAAUAUUGAAGCAUAUCUAAACUAUGAACAAGUACACUUUUUAUUAUAAUGUGAAAUUAAAAGCCUUAAAGUUAAGACUUUUUUAUUGA